AUGAAUACAGUAUUUACUCUACUGAUCGCGGUGAUACUACUCAAUAGUCGAAGUUACUCAUUUCCUGCCGAUUCGACUGAUAACUACGAUCUUCGAGUAGGAGAGCAGGCGACAGUGCCUGAAACAACAGCAGAAGCAACAACAGCAGCAGAAGCAACAACAACAACAGCAACAACAACAACGACUAUUACUACUACUACUACUACAACCACAACAACAACACCGGCUCCUGAAGUGGAUCGUGAGUGGGAAGAUCUUGUUUUAGCUGGACCAACAGUGGUCAAUUACCUUAGUUUAUUUAUGGUACUCGUAUCUCGUAAAGAUCAAAUUUUGACUGCUCCAGCUGAAUACACAGUCAAGUAUCUUUCUGACAUUCAAUCUUUGCGAAAUAUACUGAUUAGAAUAUCAGCCGAAAUGCGCAAAGCUUUCGAACUCGCUAGUGAUGAUCUUAUUCGUACUCAGAUUAGUAUGGAGCAAAUCCCUGAUCAUAUUAAAGCGGGUUUAGUUUUAAUUCAAAGUGCUCCGAACGAUCUCCUCAAGAAACUCUUGCCCUACACAUUACGUAAUGUUGAUCGUGCUGCCAAUGAAGGUUCGUCUAUCACAAAACCGACACUUCAACGUUUUGUUACGCUUGGUUUAUGGCUCGAUGAACUUGUCACCUUGUUGAGUUCGACAACAGCUGCCGCUGCAGUUGCCGAGAAGGACCAUGCAGAGGAAGCAGCUGCUUACGCCAGUGAUAUCAAAAAGCAAUGGAAUCUUUUGAUUAGACUUUUUCAAAAAUUCUCCGACCGAGCCGAUCUUACCCAGACAAGUGUGAGCCAAAAUUUCAUCGAUUUAAUUGAUAAAGCACAAAAAGCAAACGACUUAAGUACUGAAGGUCAACGCAAAACUCAACUUGAUAAACUAAUUCCCGCUGCUAUUGCGAUCGAUCAAUCCUCAUUUUUAUUAGACAUGAUGUCACGUACUUACAAUGAGAUUUCCAAAGAUCACAUGGCAACACAAAUAACAACGAGUAACAACUAUUUGAAUGCUGAUAAUGAAUCAACUCGUGCAAGAAAUCAACGACAAUUAUGGCAAAAUACACUCGAGCAAUCGAUAAAAGUCGCACGACUCGCACAAGAGCGUCAAAAUAAAUUUGCAGAAACAAGUUCUGAUCGACAAACAAUGUAUUCUGCUUAUGCACAAGGUGUUCAAGCUACUUAA